GUCCGACCUCAAAACCAUCCCCGCCUAUUGAAAACCUCAGUAUGACUUGUAUAGUCCGUGUGGUGUUGACACGAGAUUGCCAAAUUGAAUUUGAAAAUAUCAUUGUUCUGCAUACUUCAACAUAACAUCUUAAGACCCUUAUAUGUUCUUUUAUAUUCACACUGAAUUUGGGCUCUGGAGCCAUGUCUUGUGACUUGGACAUUGAACUAGAAGACAAAGCCCUUGGAGUUGCAGCUGUGCUUACACAGUCCACCUUCUCUCAGAGAUACAGAGAAUACUUGGAGAAGGCUGGUGUCUUAGAUGGACGUUACCGAGCUCAGAAGCUUCCUGAUGGUACAGUAGCCUUGCCAGUGCUGAAAGGCAAACUCAGUUCCUCUGUCUUCGAAGAGCUAAAGGGAAGUGUAGCUCCUGGGAGCUCCUGUAGUGAGACGCUAAUACUGAAUCCUGUGCUCUCGAAACGAGCCCGUGUUCAGUCUCCGGCUCAGAAGCUACGUGGGGACUUGAUUGAACUUUUGGAGUAUCAUGACAUUUCUUGGAAACGGGACCUGGAGCGAGAUCUUCCCCACUCAUGGCAGCGUCAUGGAGACAUGAUUGUUCUCAGUGAGGAUUGCUUCUGUGACCCUCUGUGGAACGAACUGGGUCAUGAGCUGUGGACAGCUGUUGCCUCUUCACUAAGUGCUAGACGCUUGGCAAAGCAAGGUCGGGUAUGUGGAGAUGGGAAAAGAUCGCCAACUGUGGCUCUUCUAGUCGGCGAUAACGGAUGGGUAGAGCAUGUGGAUAAUGGUAUCAGAUACACUUUUGAUGUCACAAAAUGCAUGUUUUCAGCAGGGAACAUAUCUGAAAAGCAAAGGGUAGCAUCACUCUGCUGUACUGGAGAGGUGGUAGUGGAUCUGUAUGCAGGCAUUGGAUAUUUCACUUUGCCUUACCUGAUCCAUGCCAAAGCAUCUUUUGUUCAUGCCUGUGAGUGGAACCCAGAUGCUGUGACAGCUCUUCGAGAAAACUUAAAGUUGAAUGGAGUGUCAGACCAAUGUCAGAUUCAUGAGGGUGAUAACAGACAGAUCAAAUUGCAGGAUGUGGCUGAUAGAGUAAAUCUAGGCUUAAUUCCUACUUCAGAACCAGGUUAUCCAGUGGCUUGUAGGGUUCUGAAGAACACAGGAGGUAUUCUACACAUCCAUCACAAUGUAGACUGCUUCCACAGCAGACACAAACAAUUGGAUAUGGAAAGGCCAGAGGAGGAUUCUGGGAUAUGGAGAAGAAAAUCAUGGGAAGCAUGGGCAGAGUCAGCUGAAAAGUACAUUUGUACAACACUUAGCCAGGUUCAUGGGAACUUGUGGCACACAAGAAUCUUAAGGCUGGAGCAAGUCAAGUCAUAUGCGCCCCAUGUGGACCAUGUUGUCUUAGACCUGGAAUGUCGCCCACUAGCAAAAGGGACAAUGGAGGGCACAUUAGUUUCUUCCUGACCCAUGCCUAAAAUACAAUAUAUUGUUCACCAUUGUGACUUUCCAUUAACACUCUAUAUUUUAUGUUUAAUGUAGAGAAAAAAAUAAUAUAGCUUUCUUUGAAGAAAACAAAACACAUUAUAAUAAGUUUGUCAUGUUAUAAAAUUUAGGUCAUGUUAUAAAAUUUUGGACUUUUCAUAAAUAAAAAUGAGCAUUCCUCUCCAUAAGAAAACAGAAUUAUACUUAUAAAA